AUGGAUUAUGGUGGGCUAGCAUAUAUAUGUAUCCUGAAUAACAAGAACCAGCCAAUAUUUCUGAAAGGAUUUGGAGAGGCGAAUGCGUUGGACCUUCAAAUUUCUGCAAUGGCAUCAAUAGAUAUCAUCGAGGAGAUGUUACUUUCAAGGGCUGCUCUAAAUGAACAAAACGACAAUUCUAAUAUGGAUUCCGUAGAUUUUGACCCGUAUCUAGGGUUAAUUUGCCCAGCUCUUUCAAAUUUAGUGACACAUGAGGUGUACGCAUACGUUGGAGCAACAGGGUUUAAAAUUAUCGCCAUAAUACAAGAUACCCCAAAUACUAGAAAGGAAAACAUCCGUGAACUAUGUGAUUCAAUAUGUAAAUUGUACUGUAAGGCUAUUUGUAAUCCACUCAAGGAUUCCAAUAUCGAUACACCAAAAUUUAUAAACAAGAUUGAAGAAAUUGCCAAAAAUUUCUAG